AUGCUUUCAAUAGAAAAAGAAAAUUCAAGAGUUGCUACAACUAAACCAUUAGAUGAACUUUUUACGAAUGUCGGUCAAAAAAUAAACGAUAUCUAUAUCGAAUAUGCAAACCAGUUUAACAUUGACGAAGGAGAGUACCAUCUCGAUAUUGUUUAUGACAGGAAAAAUGCAACUGUUAAAAUCGAUAGAAUAGAAGACCUUGGAGAAAACGUUUAUAUUUCUACAAAAUAUAACAACUUGGCAUGGUAUAGAUUUUUGAGGAUGUUAAAUCAGC